AUGAGACCAAGAUAUAAAGAGUCCAGGAAAUUCUUUCAUUGCUGCAAACUUCCCUGAAGAGCAGAAAGGAAGCACAGAUGACUUGCUCUACGUGUACUGCCAGAAGACAACUGAGCAAGGGAAGAGUCUCCAUGUACAUUUGUUAAUGGAUGCACACCUUAUGGUAGUGGAAAAGGCCCUCAGCCAAUAUCACUGUGCCUGCCAUUUUCCCCCUCUUACCCCUACCCUAUACACAUUUCUAGAUAUACCUUGUUCCCAAACUUCAGCUCACUUGAGCGUUGAGACACUGGGAUCAAUUCAAGCAGCCUUCAACUCCAUCCCAGUAUCUCUAGCGAGACUUUUGACAUGGUUGUUCUGAGGAAGACCAGAGUGGUCAAGCUUUCCAAGUUUGUUGAAGAAAAUGGUCAAAUGUAUUUUUCAAAUCCACCAAAGACAGUGGCACCCAACCCCAUUUAAGAGCUCAAAUAUAACUUUUCUCCAAGAAUAACCAAUAUGCUACAAAAUACUGAAAGGGCUCUAGAGAUCACAACAAACAGUCAGGUCUUCACAGAAGCAUUGUAGAGGUGGCAGCUUUCAGGAAGACCCAAAUUUGAACCCCUUCCAAAAUCUGCAUGUUCACUUUCCAAUGAAGACUUCAAGUCCAGCUAUUUGGACCAACACACAAUAUUGAAAAACCCAGUCAGCCUAAGUAAGCCAAGCUUACCGCUGGAUGUAAACCAUGAAGAAAGUGGAAUUUUGUUGUACAGACUUUGCCAUCAAGAAACAUGUCUGCCUGCAUGGAGACCAGAGGAUGGGCCAAGAGAGAUAACACUGCCUGAAUGGAUCCACAGCUGUGAAGUUCCUCAGCUCCAGAGAGGGCUGAUGGAGCUUCAACAUUUCUUCUCUAUGACAGCAGCACAAAAACACGUACAUGAUUCUGUAAAAGGAGGGAGGAAAAAAAUCCUCACAGAUAACACUACUGAAAGAGACACAAGAACUAUUGUUUCAAUAUUUUUUUAA